AUGGAAGGUGUUUUCUUCAAUAUCGAUAACGGGUUUAUCGAAGGUGUGGUUCGCGGUUACAGAAAUGGUCUUCUUACGGGCAACCAGUAUUUGAAUUUGACCCAAUGCGAUAAUUUGGAAGAUUUGAGAUUGCAACUUGCAUCUACUGACUACGGGAACUUUUUAUCAUCUGUUUCAGCUGAGGCAUUGACCACUUCUCUGAUUCAAGAGAGUGCUUCUGAGAAACUAUAUGAAGAAUUUAAUUAUAUCAGAGAUCAGUCAAGUGGCAUUACUAAAAAAUUCAUGGAUUAUAUCACAUAUGGAUAUAUGAUUGACAACGUAGCUCUCAUGAUUACUGGUACCAUCCACGACCGUGAUAAGGCGGAAAUCUUACAGCGUUGUCAUCCAUUGGGUUGGUUUGAUACUUUGCCAACUCUGUCCGUUGCAACAGAUUUGGAAUCUCUUUACGAGACAGUUCUAGUGGAUACACCCUUAGCACCUUAUUUUAUGGGAUGUUUCGAUAGAGCUGAUGAACUAGAUGAUUUAAACAUUGAAAUUGUUAGGAAUAAAUUGUACAAGGCCUAUUUACAGGACUUCCAUAAAUUUGUUACUGAACAGAUCGACGAACCUGCUAGAGAAGUUAUGCAAAUGAUGCUUGAAUUUGAAGCCGAUAGAAGAAGUAUUAACAUUUCACUCAACUCGUUGGAAAGUCCAGAAAUUGAUGCUGAACUAAAGAGUGAGUUACUACCAGAAAUGGGCCAACUACACCCCUUGGCCACAGCUUCAUUGGCACAGGCAACAGAUUUUGAAUCUGUUAAAACUGCGGUCAAUUUGGUUUAUGACUACAGAGGUAUCUUAGAAUCUGGUAAUCUGGAAGACCAUUUUUAUAAACUGGAAAUGGAAUUGUGCAGAGAUGCCUUUACCCAACAGUUCACAUUGAGUACCAUUUGGUCUUGGAUGAAGUCAAAGGAACAAGAAGUGAGAAAUAUCACUUGGAUUGCUGAAUGCAUUGCUCAAAAUCAAAGAGAAAGAAUAAAUAGUUAUAUCUCGGUUUAUUGA